ACACGACGUCGUAAUGGAGAAGAAUGUCCGGUUCCAUGUUCCAACCGCGGAACUCCUCUCACCUUACAGAAGUUAUCAACUCCCAUUACAACAACGUUGAACAAAGAUGGCUGCUCUAGCUUCAACGUCUCUCUGCAGUGGUCAAGUUUCAAGGUUUCCUCCGACCCAGUGUUUGUUUCCCAGAAAUCUUGCACAAAUCAGGACCGGGUUUCAAUUCAGAGGUUUCAGAAUUCGAGCUAGUUCAAAUGAGCUAGAGACAGAAACAGAAAAAUGGUCUGAGAAAGACCUUGAUCAAGAACCCGUGAAAGAAAGAGAAACUCAAGAAACCAGCAAGAUUUCAAGUGGGCCGACAUCCGCUGCUCCAGCACUCGACAAAGAUCUUAAAAAGGUGGUCCAAAAGACUGCUGCAACCUUUGCACCGAGAGCUUCCACUGCAAGCAAAAAUCCUGCCGUACCAGGCACUGUUUUAUACACUGUUUUUGAGGUUCAAGGAUAUGCCUCUCUAUUAGUUGGCGGAGCUCUCUCUUUCAAUCUCAUAUUUCCCUCAAAUGAACCAGACAUAUGGAGACUAAUGGGCAUGUGGUCGAUAUGGAUGUUCACUAUUCCUUCUCUUCGUGCACGGGACUGCUCCAAGAACGAGAAAGAAGCCCUCAAUUAUCUCUUCCUCCUUAUUCCAUUACUUAACGUCAUAAUCCCAUUUUUCUUGAAAUCGUUUGCAGUAGUUUGGUCUGCAGAUACCAUAGCCUUUUUUGGGAUGUAUGCGUGGAAGCUUGGAUGGCUUUCACAGAAAGAGUAGCAUUUAUACAUUGUGGAUGGGGAGAGUAUAUGUUGGUUCGACCCGUUGACGAGCUAGCGUCUCAAAUAUCCUGGAUACCUCCAUACCUUGAGCCAAGAAUAGGUUAACUCGACGUUAGACGACAUAUUGGCUGGUUUAUCUGGGCAAGAUGGAAAAUGCCACAUAAUGAUGUUUUCAGCUGGCCUUUGAUUGUAACAUUUUAUUUAUAUAUGCCCUUUGCCAGAUGUUUGAGAAACAUUGAUGUGAUAUAGAAAGGAAGAACACAAAUUCUUGUUGUACUAAAGAAUUAUACCCUGUGAGAGGUUUAUCUU